UGCUGACGCGUCCUUCUCCUUCACAAAUCACACUCGCAGAGUAACAAUUCACUCCUUGUCUCCAUUGUCUGUUUCCUAAAUCCUAAACGUCGAAGAACUCUGCUCUGUAGCCCUCGCCUUCGUCUUCUCCUUCAGAUCGUCGCCAGCGCCGUUCCUGUCAUGCAGAAGUGCAGAUCGUGGAAGCUAGCACCUCGCGCCUGAGGGCGAGCUCGAACCUUGAAAUCUGUUCGAUCUCCGGUCUCCACACUCCAGACUCCAGUUGCUGUCCAGAUCGUCUCUUGAUCGUCUUUCGUCUCCUGUUCGAAUUUUGAACCCAGUCCCAAAUCACCAUUCGAAUAGAAGGUACUUCGACUGAGCGACGGAGCUUGAGUGCUUGACAAUCGCUCGACUGUGUGUGACGAGCUUGACGAUCGUUGUUUGACUGUGCUGCGUGUGACUAGCAGAGUGUAUGCAUCUCUCCUUCUCAGUUUGUGACCGUGUUCAACUUAGUCUUUCCUUCUCAAUCUCUCUCGGUUCGUGAUAACCACUAACCAUUUGGAAUCCAACAGCAUUAGUGCUCCCCCUAGGCUGAGAACCAGGAGGACUCUGGCUGCAUGAGGUGGUGAGACCUCUUUAUAAUUAAAAAGUAAAAAGAAACACCUCCACAAAACCAAGGGAUCUGAAGAGCACGAAGGUUCCUCUGAACUCGAUGAAUCUGGAGGAGGCAAGGCGGAGUCUUUGAUUUCUUCGGGACUGCCUACAGAUCAAUAUAAUCUCCACCAUCAUGGAAGUCUACAACCUCGGCGAAAUUGUUACUCCCUCAAUCUCAGCUCUGCUCCACUAUUGCCUCCAAGAUCUGCUAUAAUUCCCACUCUACUAAUCCUAAGGUGUUAGGAUAUUGCAUCAUGGUACCAGAAUGACUCUAUCCAACUAUUUGGCAACUAUCAAAUUUUUAUCCCUUGAUUAUGUCAGUUGUGGAGCUGCUGAUGCUGGUCUUGCUCGAUCAUUUUGCAAAACCUCAUUUGACCAGAAGCAAUGGUCUCCAUGCCUCUUCUUUAGUUGUGGCCAACCUUGCUUAGCAAACAAUUCCAAGAGGAUGGCAUGGUCUAUUAGAAGUAGCAUAGACGACAGCAGUUUCACUCCAUCGACUUCAAAUGCAAAUAAUGGAAGGACACGCCUAAUUAGAGUGAUUCAAGAUUUUUUAACCAAGUUAGGUACUAAAAUUCAGAUGGUACAGACUAAUCUUCCAAGGAAACUUCUUUUCUUCUUGAUUGGAUUUUAUUGUGCAACUGCUUUUGCCACUGUUAUUGGACAAACAGGUGACUGGGAUAUUCUGUCUGCUGCCUUGGCUGUGGUUGUUGUCGAAGGGAUUGGGGCUCUCAUGUAUAGGGCUUCUCUUCCUCUAGCUAGCAAGGGUCGGAGCCUAAUCUCUAUGUUUAAUUAUUGGAAGGCCGGCCUAACAUUGGGACUCUUCUUGGAUUCAUUUAAAUAUUGACAGUAAUGCUUUAUCUGCUUCAUCACUUAGAAAUGCCUCUGAAUCAUCACGGGUUCUGCAACCUCCAUGUAAAUUGGAUAUCCAUUAUCUUUGUGCUUUUCCUAUUUGUUUUUCAGAAGAUCGUUUAUAUUUUCAGAGAUUCAUAAAGAAUAUGCUGGUAUACGUUUGACAUACACUUCACAGAACAUAAAGGAAAAUGUGUAGUCCGUUUUCAAGCCAGUGCUCUUGAUUGAUUAUUUUUAUAUGCGAUCAACAUAGCGAUGGUUUUGGCUAGUGAAACCUGAAGGACACAUACAUUCAACAGUUACUUCAAUUGUUUGAGUUCAGUUGAUUUAUGGAAAAUACCUCCUUCAGUAGCAGAUCACUCCCUCAUCCCGUUACUGGCGUCAUUGGAUCACUAUAUUGCAGAUUCUGCCAGGCCAUUCUGACAAAUUGGAGUGUUGUGAGAACCCCUUAUAUGUGCCUGGUGUUGAUUUGUGAAAAUGGAUGAGGCCAUAUGUUGAUGUGUAAUGAUGAUUUCCAUUCUUUGAUAAAUGUUAUUGCUCUACAACUGGAAGGGUGUGAAUCUCUUAUUACCGCAACAAGGACACUAAUCGCAGCCAAGCUGGUUCAGUCAAUUGAUAUUGGCAAACAAUGAUGUGGUGACAAAAAGCAUUUUUCACUGCCUAUAAAAUAUUUUAUUUUGUAUGGAAUUAUUUAGGAGUGAGAAAUGUUGUUUCAGCUUCAAGGAUCAAAGUACAUCACAAUUAGUGUGUACUUUUCAAUAGGGUAUCGCUUGCGAUCUUUGAGCUUCGAGACCCCUUGAAUCUUGUCCUGUCUACCGGUUACUUGGGUUCACAGACAACUUUGGCAACCUCAGUCCUCCUUUGUUGCAUGUCAUGGAUUAUAAUGUGCUGUGUCUACUACUGUCGCCGAUUAUUUGACAUCAAUAAUUCCAGAUUCAUUCACGAAUUGCAACCAAUGCCAUUUAUUGGUCUCUGUUUCUCUAUUUUAGUCUUUCUAUUGAGUGAUUCUGGUGAGAAAUCAUCAUUUGUGUCUGUAAUAACGUAGAUGUGCAUCAAUGUGACUGAUGCUUGAAGACCAAGAUUUCCAGGCUGCUCUUUCAAGAAUGGCGGGCGGUGCCAUAUAUUGGAGCUGUUGUUUUUGACUCUCUCUUCUGCCGAAGGUUCUGCUCUGAAACUUUCCAUUAUGUACAUAGUAAUGUUGCAUGCUAUUCUAAAAAUGGAAAAGCAUUGAAAAGUAUUGCACUAGUUAUUUGUACAUAUUGCUGUGAAGUGUUGGUUGUAGCUUAAAGAUGUGCGGAAGCAUUAUGGGGUGUUACUGGUUAUUGUGAUGUGGCAAUAUGUUGGUUUUUGAUAAUUUCAUUCUGCAUAAUAAAUUCAUGUUUUUGGACUGGACC